AACUGCUCAAAAAAGGUUGUUAAGUUAAUUAUAUAAAUAAAGCAUCUCUUAAUUCCUCUAUCUGUUGAAUUAACCAUUGUACAAUAAUUUAAUUCAUUAAAGCCUUUUGGUUAAUUCAACCUCAAAAAAGAAGCAUGGGGAAACAAGAUUUAUUGUUUCUCCUAUUGUGUUCUUUAUCGUAUGCCGUCUUGGCUUUGUCACAAAAUACAACUUCGGAAUCAGAUGAGAACUAUUGGAAACUACGUGAGGAAAAGGCUAAGAAAGGAAUUCAGGGUGCCUACCACCCUCAUCCCUUUAAUGUCACAAAUCAUCUUAACUUCCGAACUCGAAUUUUACAAAGCAGGUGGUCAGAGGAUGAACAUGUAGGAAUAAACAGCACAAGGAGGGCAUUAGCAAAGAGAUACAAGAAAAGUUGCAUGUUCUUCAACGCAAUCGAUGCAUGUUGGAGGUGUCAAGCCGACUGGGAGAAGAAGAGGCGAAAGCUAGCCAAGUGCGCGUUAGGGUUCGGACGAGGGACUACCGGUGGCAAGGCCGGUCGCAAGUACUUAGUCACUGACCCAACUGACAAUGAUAUGGUGAACCCAAAACCCGGAACCCUAAGGCAUGCAGUCAUCCAACUUGAGCCAUUAUGGAUUGUAUUUGCUCACCCUGUUAUGGUAAUUAGGCUCAACCAAGAGCUUAUUAUGACUAGUAAUAAGACCAUUGAUGGUCGAGGUUCACAUGUGGUUAUUGAAGGGGGUGCUGGAAUCACUGUCCAGUAUGUAGAGAACGUCAUCAUCCAUGGAAUUAGGUUUGUGGAUAUAGUUCCUGGUUCUGGAGGAAUGAUUAGGGAUUCAGUUAACCAUUACGGAUUCAGGACUGAAAGUGAUGGGGAUGCCAUUUCUAUCUUUGGAUCACAUCAUGUUUGGAUUGAUCAUUGUUCUUUCUCCAAAGCUGCGGAUGGGAUCAUUGAUGUCAUCAAAGGCUCAACCGCCGUUACUAUUUCCAAUUGCCAUAUGACUAAUCAUGACAAGGUAUUUUUGUUUGGAGCAUCAGACACACACUUUGAAGAUAGGAAUAUGCAAAUAACAAUUGCGUUUACUCACUUUGGAAAAGGAUUGGUGCAAAGGAUGCCAAGGUGUAGAAUGGGAUUCUUUCAUAUAGUCAAUAACGACUACACUCAUUGGCUAAUGUAUGCCAUUGGUGGUGGCAUGAACCCAACCAUUAUAAGCGAGGGCAACCGAUUCAUUGCCCCUCCUAACCCAAGAGCUAAAGAGGUUACACACAGACAGAUACCAAAUUCGCCAUGGGACAGUGGAACAUGGAUUUCAAACAGAGAUGUGCUGAUAAAUGGUGCUACCUUCAAGGAGUCGCGCGCAAGUCUGCAAUUACGUCAAGUCCAAAGUAAGAUUAUAAUGCCAAUGGAUGGGAGAUACGCCGGACGCGCAACCAAAUACGCCGGACCAUUGAAAUGUGUACCACACCUGGCUUGUUGA